CAUCGAUUUUGUUCGCCUAUUAUUUAUCCCUUUCGCACUCAACCGCAGCCAAGUCAGCUUGUUUUCCAUCGCCAGCAGCAUGAGUGACACCACGAAGCUUCUAAGAAUGCUAGUAUCAAAUUCAACAACACCUAGCGAGUCCGGUCGCUGUAUAGUGGUCGAUCUGAAUUUAUUGGAAUCUGAGGGGGAUCCGCUUUUCCUCCUAGUGCGGACUCGACUCCGUCCUCCCUCACAAGUCCUGUCCUUUGCCUGCCUUACGUUGGUAUGCAGCGCCCUGUUCGCGUGUUGGAAUUUCGGUCGCCUAGAUGCCUUUGAGUUGCUUUUGCCUCUUGACACGUAUGUGUGUAGAAAACGGCAGACGACUGAGGCGAAUGCAAAAAAGAAAGAUGAAUGCGCUGGACCUCAUGCCUGAAAACUCAAUUCUCGUCUUGGCUUCAGGUACCGGUGGAUACCGAAUCAUAACAAAACAA